CUUUUGCUCGCGCGUGCGCAGAGUGAAACACGUGUUGAAAAUGGCUACCAUCAUACCGUUUGCAAUAUCGGACAACAGUCAAUAUAGCAUCUAUUCGAGCCCUGAUGGAGUGUUGAAACUAUGGGAGGCAGAUAAUGGUGUCCUUAAGCAAGAGUACACUCCUAGUGCGCACCUGUCAGCGACGUGCACAUGUCUUUCAUGGGGACCGAAAAGAAACCUGGACACACCAGGAAGAAAGAAAAGAAGAAAAUCUGGAGGUGUAGCCAUUACAGAACAGUAUGAUUUGAUAGCAGUUGGAACCACUGCAGGAAGCAUCCUUAUAUACAGCAUUGUCAAAGGAGAUGUCAAGACUAUAAUGGAGGAAGGUCAUUCAGACAGUGUCAGUGAUGUGUGCUGGCAUCCAGAGAACAAUACCAUCUUCAGCUGUUCAUGUGAUAGGCAUAUUAUUCACUGGGAUGUAAUAUCAGGAAAAGUCAAACAUAAAUGGAAAGGUGACAGUGGAAGCAUUCACUCCAUUUGUCUCUGUGCCCAAAAUCACCUCCUGUCUUCAGGGAGAUCAAUCAAAUUGUGGGACUUAGAAACAUAUAGUGUAUUAAAGAAAUUUACUGGUCAUGCAACAGAAGUGUUUCGGUUACUCCCCAUACUUUCUAAUCCGACGGAGCUUCCUGAUAGCCCAGAAGGAGUGUAUUUUCUGUCGGCAGCUUUAAAUGACAGACUUGUGAAUGUUUGGCAAGUGAAUACUGCAGUGAAAGACAAAAGCUCCACAGCAACUUUCUCACUUCCAGAGGAUCCGGUCAUGUUAGAUUUGCGGAAAAACCAGGAUGAGGUGGUACUAGCUGCUGUGACGAGAAGUGGACAAGUGCUCAUAUUUGAUCAUACAAUGAAUGGAAAAGUCAAGAAACCUCUAAAGCCAAAAUUAACCAUUCAGAUAGCAUCCUCUGGUGGAAGCGAUUCAGUGCCUAAACCAAUCCAAGUGCUGGCCAGUCACUUGUGUGAGGACCAGCGCCUGUUGAUAGUGUAUGGGAACUAUCUGAAACCUGUGUUUGAGAAAGUGGAGUUGGAUAUGACAAGUUCAGAUAUGUGUUUGAUACGAGAUGAACCAAUAUUGUCCACCAUGAAACAACAAGGAGAUGUUGCUAAGGUGAAGACACCUACUGUAACGAACGAUGUGACGGUUCUUGCUCCUGAAAACACAGUGGCCAGUGGACCGUCACUGAAAGAGAAGAGGAAAAGAAAACCAUCAGUCUCUGAUAUGAAUAUGGAAGAGCGACUGAAUGCUAUCAGUAUAAACAAGCCAGAGACGCUGAAAGAGCCACCCAAAGCUGAUACCUUAGUGAGACUGCUUACACAGGGUCUGCAGAGUGACGAUAAAAACAUUCUGAAGAGUGUUCUUGGAAGGCCCACUAGUGAUACCAUUAUAACCAACACCAUUAAGAUGUUACCGGUUCAAGCAAUUAUUCCCCUUGUAAAAGAACUGACCAACUGUGUGGCAGAACCAUCCGAAAAAGGAGCUUUGUACAUUAAAUGGUUGAAGACAUUGCUGACAGUUCAUACUUCCUACUUGAUUACAUUUCCAGACAUGGUUGAUAAUCUAAGUGCACUGUAUCAGUCUAUGGAUUCCCGGACCAGAUUAGUUGAUCGGCUCUCAAAGUUGAAAGGGAAACUGGAGCUUAUGUUAUCUCAGAUUGCCAGCCAGUCACAACAGGGAGAGGAGGAUGUCAGUGUGGAUCAGAGGCCACUGCUCAUGUAUCAAGAAGAAUCAUCGGAUGAUGAUAUGGCCAUUGACAAUUUAAUGCCAGAGAGAUCAGACACUGAGGAUUUUGACGACUUGUUUUUAUCGGACACUGAGGCAGCCACAGAUACAGCUCAGGUGAAUGGUACUGAGGAAGACGAGGAGGAGGAAGAGGAAGAUAUGGAGUCUGACUGAAGUCAAGGGGGAGGAGGUCAGAGGGCAGGAGGAAAUCUGACGGCGGUCAUUCAUUGGUGCUCACAUGUGACUGGUCAAACCAGGAUUAUUUCCAUUGCAUGAACUCAAGUCUGUGAUCAAUCUUAUCUGGUUAAAAGACACAAACCUGAUAGAAGUCAGGGGUGUUUUGAUGGGUGUAUGAUAAAUAUUUCCUCUUGAUAAGGUUACAUUAACUGCUUGGGCUUUUCAAGUAACAGUUGUGGACAUUGGUUUUUAACUCUUAAUUAACCAGUGUAAAUGAAGUUAAGGAGGGGCGAUUUCCCAGAACUGUGUGGAUAGAUAAGUGGUAUCUAUGGCUUUGUGUACUCCGGGGUUAUGGUGAUGGCAAGCAAUGCAGAACAAAUUCUGUAGUACAUGUAGGACAGAAAAGAGAGCUGCAUUUAUCCUGAUGGUUGUAGAUAUCCAUUUGUUGAUAUUCAUCAAUUGUUAUGAUUUUUUAAUAUAAAAAAAAUGAACUCGCAUAUAAUAAAACUGUUAAACUGGUA